AUGGCAGCACCGCAUCGAGUUCUCCUUACGGGAGCAAACGGUUAUAUUGCGCAGCAUAUUUUGUCGCAACUACUUGAAGCGGGGUUCUCGGUACGCGCCGUCGUUCGUUCGGAGUCUAAGAUUGACGUCCUCAAAAAGAGCUUUCGCAAAUAUGUGGACACGCCGCAGCUAGACUUUGGUGUCGUAUCCGAUAUCACUGUUGCCGGCGCCUUCGAUGACGUCUUGGUAUCUAACCCGCCGUUCGACAUCGUCCUCCAUACGGCCUCGCCUUUCUUCAUCCGGGCGGUUAAGAGCAUAGACUUUUUAGACCCAGCUAUUAAAGGCACAACAGAAAUUCUGUCGGGUAUAACCCGCGUGGCACCAAGCGUCAAGCGGGUCGUCGUCACAUCAUCGUUCGCUGCUAUUGGUGAUAUGGCUGGAAACCCAAUCGCAAACCCCCAAAGAAUCUUUACAAGAGAUGAUUGGAACCCUACGACGUUUGAACAAGCGUUAGCAACGGAUGACCCGAACGUAACAUACCCGGCUAGUAAAGCGCUCGCGGAGAAGGCGGCGUGGGAUUUUGUAAAAGAGGGUAAAGGCAACUUUGAGUUGGUGACGUUAAACCCGCCCGGAGUCUACGGACCACUCUUUGACGCCUCUCAAAUUGCCAAGCCAGAAGAUCUCAAUACGAGCACAAGCUUAAUUUAUCAGGCUUUGUUACGGCCUGGCUUGAAGUCGACUGAUCCCGUUCCUCCUACAUUCCUAUAUCUUUGGGUUGACGUACGCGACCUUGCACGAGCUCACAUACUGGCUGCUACUAAACCCGAGGCUGCAAACAAACGAUGGUUCGUCGUUGCAGGCGAAUUAAGUCAGCAGGAAAUGGCCAACUAUCUGCGCGAGACGUUGCCAGAAAAGCGAGACGUGAUACCCGUAGGCGAGCCAGAGAAGACGCAGAAACCGGAGGGAUUCUACGGAGCAAGCGCCCCUGAAACCGAAGAGGUACUGGGCGUAAAGUAUAGAUCGGCUGCAGAAUCUAUCAAGGAUCUAGCGCUGCAGUUAGUUGAGAUCGAGAAGAGAGCAGUAGCUUCAUCCUCAUGA